AUGUCCUGCUACGACCUCUGCUCCCCCGCGUCCUGCGGCCCCACGCCGCUGGCCAACAGCUGCAACGAGCCCUGCGUCCGGCAGUGCCAGGACUCCACCUACGUGAUCCAGCCCUCGCCCGUGGUGGUCACGCUGCCCGGGCCCAUCCUCAGCUCCUUCCCGCAGAACACCGCCGUGGGAUCCUCGGCCUCCGCGGCCGUCGGGGAUGCUCUGAGCGCCGGCGGGGUCCCCAUCAGCUCGGGCAGCUCCUCGGGGCUCUCUGCUUUGGGGUUCUCCGCUUUGGGGGGGCUUUACGGCAGGUCCAGCCGGCGCUCCAACCGCUGCGGGCCCUGA